GUUUACCUGCAAGACUAAACACAAUCAAGAAACCUCACUUUUCUCCUUUAUGCUUCAAACACAUUAGCUUCCAUUCACCAAAAAACUUCAUUACUUCUAGUAACCAACAAGAAGAAGUUUUUGGCAAAGCCAAAAAGUUCAAGAAAGCUCCUUUUUAAACUUUAUUUUCUCCACAUACAAAUAUUACACAAGAGACUAUUAUGGUUGGUGUGUUAGCUCAUCUCCUCUUGUCUUCUUCUCACCUUUCCUAGAUUUUGAUUCUCCACCCUCUUUUCAUCUCAUUCUACUAUGGAACUUCCGGUCACGACACCGGAUUAUAGAGACCGGAAGAAAGUUCCAUAUAACAUAGAAACAAGAAAUCUUUCCUAUGCACUCCCUAGUUUAUAUGAUGAGUUCAGUUGGAUUUAUUGCUGCAAGAAUCCUAAGAAACCUCAGAAGUUCAUCAUAAAGGAUGUGAAUUGUGAAGCAAGGCCAGGAGAGAUAACAGCUAUUGCUGGUCCUAGUGGGGCUGGAAAAACAACACUGCUAGAGAUUCUUGCAGGGAAAAUAUCACCAACAACGGUUAUUGGAGAGGUACUACUUAAUGGCCAUCCAGUCAAUGCCAAGUGUUUUCGGAGAAUAUCGGGGUAUGUCACACAAGAAGAUGCCUUGUUUCCCCUGCUCACAGUUGAAGAAACACUCAUGUAUAGUGCUCUUCUGAGGCUACAAGGUGGGAAAAAAGAGGCCGCAAAUAGAGUUGGAGUGCUAAUCAAGGAGCUUGGUUUGGAAAAGGUAGCUGGUGCAAGAGUUGGGGGAGGAUCAAACAGGGGAAUUUCAGGUGGUGAAAGGCGUAGGGUGUCGAUUGGAGUUGAGUUAGUACAUGAUCCUGCUGUGAUUCUCAUUGAUGAGCCAACUUCUGGGCUGGAUUCAGCAUCAGCACUUCAUGUUAUAUCACUUCUUCAAGUGAUGGUGGCUCAUCAAGGCAAGACAAUUGUCUUGACUAUCCACCAACCUGGUUUUCGAAUUCUUGAACUGUUUGAUCGACUUGUUUUGCUCUCGAAUGGGUGUGUUCUUCACAAUGGUUCAUUGAAGUACCUAGAAGAGAGGAUCAAGUUUUCGGGUCUCCCGAUUCCACCCCACAUCAAUGUGCUUGAAUUUGCCAUUGAUGUCACAGGCAGCAUUGUCAUUCAAACUUCUGAAACUCCCAAUAUCCAUUUCCACCUCAAGGAUCAGGGCGAAAAGAAGGAAAGUCCAAGGAAAGAUGAUGAGGGAUUUAAAGUUUCCAACCACAAUGACAUGGUAGAGAAGUGUCCUUCCUACUCAAAUUCUCACAUUGAGGAGAUUUUAAUACUAGGAGGAAGAUUUUGCAAGAACAUAUUCAGAACCAAGCAACUUUUUGCAACCAGAAUAAUACAAGCAUUAGCAGCAGGCUUUAUAUUGGGGUCAAUAUUCAUGAAUGUUGACAACAAUCUAGGGCAGGUUGCUUUACAAACUAGACUAGGAUUCUUCGCGUUCAGUCUAACGUUCUUGCUCUCCACUAUGACAGAAGGCUUACCAAUCUUCUUACAAGAGAGAACCAUCUUUAUGAGGGAGACUUCAAGAGGAGCAUACAGAGUAUCCUCUUAUGUUGUGGCAAACACAUUUGUCUUCCUUCCUUUCCUCUUAAUGGUUGGCCUUCUCUACAGUGUCCCGGUUUACUGGCUCGUUGGUCUGAGGCGAAACAUGGAUGGGUUCCUCUAUUUUUCCAUGGUGGUUUGGAUGGUUGUCUUAAUGUCAAAUUCUUUUACAGCAUGUUUCAGUGCGCUUGUCCCAAACUUCAUCAUGGGAACAUCUAUUAUUGCUGGCUUGAUGGGGUCUUUCUUCCUAUUCUCAGGCUAUUUCCUGUCAAAAGAGAAGAUACCUAGUUACUGGAUCUUCAUGCACUACCUAAGUCUGUUCAAGUACCCGUUCGAGUGCUUCUUGAUAAAUGAGUAUGGAGGCAAGGGAGGGAAAAGAUGUUUAGAAAGUGAAAGAGGAGAAUGCAAGCUGUUCGCGACCGACUUCUUGAGACAGCAAGACCUUAAGGAAUCACAGAAAUGGAACAACUUAGCUGUGAUGCUGUGUUUCAUCUUGGGUUACAGAGUUCUCUGUUAUCUAAUUUUAUGGUGCAGAUGUUACAGAACCAGAAAUUAGGCUUUUCAUUCUUGUCUUGUUACAGUAUUCGUUUUCUUCUUAUUCUGAUGAUUAAAUUGAUUGGGUAAGUAGAUGUAAGAAGAUGGAUUAGUCAUUGAGGUGAUUAUUAAUUUUUCAUGUUCAGAGUUCAUAUGAAAUAAAAGUUCUCCGACCCAUGUUAUAUUCUCUGUCA